GCAGAGAGGCAGGAAAUUUCCAAAGAGGAGUUAAAUGAAACCAGAUGGUCAGUUUCAGGAAGGCCUUGACUGCUGCGAAAAUAUUUGGUGCUAUCCACAGAGCCAUCGAAAGUUCGAGAAGUCACGUAGGCCAUAACCCCAUGCACAACUAUGGGCUGAGAGAGUAUAAAGACCCAUGAAAAGAGUCUUUAUACUUUAUACUCGCGCUUUUUUCUCAGUCGCGGACUGAGAACACAGUGUUCUCAGUCUGCGGUGCUGAAGUCGAGCCAACAAGAGGAUACAGAUCAGCAGAGGACUGCACCCUGGAGCCACAGGGAAGUUGAGACUCCGCACUGCUAGAAGUGACAAGACCCAUCGACCCUCAACCCUGGUUCCCAAUUUGACUGCCUACUCUGCCUCAACCCAAAGAUCUCAAGGCUACUGCGACAGACUUGGGGAAAAGACAAAGGUCACAGUGUGAUGAAGAUCUGAGAGUUCAAAAGACAACAACCAGUUCUGCUUUGCUUCUAUUCAGAAGAGGAUUUUGCUUUACAAAGACUCUAACUAAAAACAUUGAAGUUUUCUGUUGCCGAGAUCAUCCAUCAUCUAGCUCCAAACAUGAGACGAAUCGUGAUCCUUGGAAAAACUGGAUCUGGGAAAAGCAGUGUUGCAAACACUAUAUUUGGAGAAGACCAGUUCACCGUGAGCCAUGAUUCCAUCUCUGCUACAAGUUCAUGUGAAGCAAAAACUAAAUCACUCAAUGGAAUAAAAACCACUCUGAUUGACACACCUGGAUUCUUUGAUACAAACAAACCUGAAGAAAAACUAAGACCUGAAAUAGUGAAAUGUAUCACAGAGUGUUCACCUGGGCCGCACGCUUUCCUCAUUGUGCUAAAACUAGAAAGAUUUACAGAGCUGGAAAACAAGAUCAUUGAACAAAUAACCCAGAACUUCUCUGAAGAAGUGUUCAACUUUGCAACAGUUGUUUUUACUCAUGGAGAUGAUCUCCAAGAAGGGCAAAAAAUCAAAGAUUAUGUGAGCCCAAAUGUAUUUUUGAGUGCAUUAGUGAAAAAAUGUGGUGGUCGGUGCCAUGUGAUAGAUAAUAAAUACUGGAAAAAUCCCUCAGAUGAGACAUACAGGAGCAACGCCCACCAGGUGAAAGAGAUACUGAAAUCAGUUGAAGAGAUUGUGAAGGCAAACAAUGGAAACUGCUACACAAACGAGAUGCUGCUAGUAGUAGAGGAAAUGAAACGACAGGAAGAGAAGCGUCUUGCACAGUCCCCAGAAAAAAUGUCAGAAGAAGAAAUCAGGCAGAAAGCUAAAAGCAGCGUGUGUGAUAUUUUAAAUAAAGCAGUGGGUAUUACAACAGGUGCACUGCUGGGAGCACUUUUUGGUGUAGCUGUCACUGCUGUAGUAGCUAAAGCCAUUAUUGAUUUAGCAAGUAAGCUAAAAGAAACACUCUCACUGCUAGGACUAGUAGUUCCAGUUGCAGCACCAGUGGCAACAUCUGGUGCUGCAGCUGGAACUGCUGGCAUCAAAGCAGGAGCAGUAGGAUUGGUUGUAGGUGCAGCUGCCGGAGCAGCGGUUGGUGCAUAUAAAGGAUAUCAGGCUGCAGAGGAAUCAGAAACACCAUGGGGAGCAAUGAAGAAGACGGCAGAAGCUGUUUGUUCUUCAGGAAAGGAUGCCAUACAACAAAUUGAAAAGUUCAGCGCAGAGUAUCAAAACCUAUCUUUUCAAUGAGAAAAAAAAUGAAAUUAAUGUGUAGACUUUGGUCAAAUGUAAAGAUCCCAUAAAUUAUCACAAAAUUCUAAGAAAAAGUUUUCCUUUCCAGUUUUCUAAAGCUGCUUGAAAAGAUUUCAUGUCGUUUAGAAGUUAAUUAUCCAACAACUGAAAUAAUUAGAAAUUGGAACAAUGCUUGUAAUUCUGCUCAUUAAAAAUAAUCAUCUUUCUAGUGGUAACCCAAGCUUUCUAUUACUUGAUCAUAAAAUAUAUCAUGUGUGUUUUAAUAGUUUAAUAGAUUAUAACUCUGAUAAUAUUUGACUUGAAAAUUAUCAUUUGUACACUGAAAUUAUAAAUCAUUUACAUAUAUACUUAUUUUCCACACUGUAGUCCUUCAUGUGUUCAUACAUUUACCAGAGAUUUAAUCACCAUUAAUGUUAUGAUAAAACUGUAUUUCUGUUCAAAUUAAUAAUAAAAGAUCUGUUUUCUGUU